AAGUAAUGGCACUUGCUUAUCAAUACGCAGAAUUAAAUAAUAUUCCGCAUCGUUUUAAUUCUGAAACAAAAAUGGCAGGAAGACAUUGGAUUAGUGACUUUGCAGCUCGUCAGAACUUGUCUCUGCGAGUCCCAGAAAAAUGCAGUUUGGCAAGAGCGAUGGGGUUUAAUAGACCCCAAGUCAAUACAUUUUUUGACAACUUAAAAGCUUGUUAUGAGAAAUAUAACAUGCAACCUCACCGUUUAUUCAACAUGGACGAGUCAGGCUUAUCAACAGUGCCAAACAGGUUGCCUAAAAUAUAUUCACAAAGAGGAAAUAAGUGUGUCUCAAAGAUCGUGGCGGCAGAACGUGGGCAACUUAUAACAGCAGUUUGCUGCAUGGGUGCUUCUAGGAUAUGGGUUCCGCCUGGCCUAAUUUUCCCGAGAAAACGGAUGAGAGAAGAGUUGUUCUUUGGGGCACCACUGGAUACCUUGAAACUGAUUUCUGACACCGGUUAUAUGAAUACGGAGUUAUUCUUGGAGUGGAUAAAACAUAUUUGUAACCAUGUAAAGCCCACCAAAGACGACCCGGUAUUACUUACUAUGGACAAUCAUGUGUCUCAUUGUUCACUGCAGUUAAUCUCAUAUUGUAGAGAACAUUUUAUAAUCUUGCUCACACUACCACCGCACGCAAGCCAUAAGCUACAGCCGCUUGAUAAAGGUUUUUUUGCGCCGUUGAAAACUGCUUUUUCAUCCGAAUGCGACAAAUAUAUGACCACAAAUCCUGGCAAGCCGAUUACUCAAAAACAAAUGGCUAUGCUCUUCGGACAAGCGUAUUCAAGGGUUGCAACGGUAUCCAUAUGCCAAAAGGGUUUUGAAGCCACUGGUUUAUACCCUUAUAAUCCAGAUGUUUUUAAUGACUGA